AUGGCAGCACAAGGCCUCGACGCAAUCCUGCAGGCCUUCCUGGACGCAGUAAACAACAAGAAGUGGGAUGAGGUGAACAAAUACCUCCGGCCGUCCGUGGCGGCGGCCUACAACGAAAACCCGGAGACCAGAGACGACUUCGUCAAGCGGCUCACCGCAACCGCCGACAGGGGCGACCGGCUCAACGCAGACUCGUGGACCAUCGACGAAGCGGCCCAGACUGUGGGCGCUCGCCUAGUCACCAGUAUUAAGGACGCCGCGGAGGGAACGCCCGCUCAGGUCUGGGACCUGGUCAUCGUCUCCUUCGAGGACGGCAAGAUCGCCCGGUUCUACCAGGUCGCCUCCAAGAUGAGCCGGGACUCCCGCGCCGGGCCGCCGGCGCCCGAGGUCACCCCCAAGCCGUCCGGAACCCUGCUGUCGGCGGGCGAGAUCGACGCUCGGUACCGCGAGUACAUCUUUAGCUACAACGAGGGCGCCAUGCACACGGUCCUGCCACGGCUCUGGUCCAACGCGGUCUUGUUUAACGGCAAGCAGUUGCCGGUGGAUAUGGCGGUGGUCCUCCUCGGCAAGAUCCUUCUGCCCGUCAUCGCCGGCCUCAAGUACCAGAUCGAGGAGGUUGCCGUCGACGAGAGGAGGCAGCAGAUCGCCGUCCGGCUCUCCCUCGAGGGUGUGCCGGAGAACGACUUUCUCCAGAAGGGCGGUCCGGGGGAGAAGGUCAAGGUGUACGAGCACGCACUUUACGGGUACGAGGACGGCAAGAUCAGUUGGGGGUGGGCUGCGCAGGCGUUUGACACACUGCCUCCGCCUGCUCCAGGGGCUGGCGGUCCUUGA